AUGGCACCACUCAUGUCUGCUCUAGUCUUGGGCGGCGCCCUUGCGGCAAAGUUCGCCCUUGCCCAAGAACAUGGAGAGGAAUAUUCAAAGACAAUGGGCCCAGUCGCCUUCAUGUGGCCGCCUGAUCGUGAAUGGGGUGCUGCCCAGGACAACACCGCCCCGUGCGGUUCGGCUGCAUCGGUUGUCAACAGAACCGACUUUCCCCUGUUAAAUGGCCAAAUUGCGCUUGUCGCUCAAGACGAGUCCUGGCACAUGCAGGUAGCGAUAUCUUAUAAAAGUGACCCCACGUCCAACGAUGAUUUCGAGGUCGUGAUCCCAGACACAAGAAUCCCCGAACUCAACGAAGGGCACCAGUGUUUCCCGCUUCCGAACCCACCGGCAGAUGUCGAAGCUCAAGCACCCGCCACUUUGCAGAUUCGAUAUACUUCCGACUUUGAUACUGACCUGAACGAGACCUUCUAUGCGUGCGCUGAUAUUACAUACGUGCCGACCAGCCAGUUCACCUAUCAGGUGCCAUGCUUCAACGCCACUACCGAGGAUUUCGAGAUUUCUGAACCUGACUCGGAGGAAUCUACUUCAACGGGUUCGGCAGCUGGAGCGACGGCAACGGCCCAGGUCCCAGAAGCCACGGAGUCAUCGUCUUCAGGCCUGUCCGGUGGCGCGAUUGCCGGCAUUGUUGUCGGUGUUGUGGUGGGAGUUGCAUCUGCCCUUGCUCUCUUCUUCGUCCUGUGGCGCCGCCGCCAGCAGAAGAAACGCCUUCGUCAACAGGAAACCUCAAUCAGAAAUGUGAAAUGGGAAGCCCAACACGGGAGUGGGCCGGCAUCGCAAGCUUCGGAUCGCGACAUUGCGCUCAGGAAUAUCUAG